GGAGACAUUCUCCAAGGACGGUCGCGAGCGAUACUCAGAGCUGCGCUAUGCCGUUGAAGCAGUGUUUUCCUUGGCAGUUAGCCAACCGUGAGGUCUGUAGAUCACGUUGUGUGCUAGUUAAAGCCGCCUUAUGUGUGCCCACUUGGUUACCGCGUGGGGCGGGGUGGAUGGGAGGGGGUGCCAGGUGUGGGAUCUGUUGACAGCCCCCCCUCCCCCCCCCCCCCGCCGGCGCGUGGGGCGCGGCGCGCGCAGUCGCGUAGGGCGCCAGAUGCUCCGGGCUCCGCUCAGCAGGUCCUCAGUCGGAGCCAGGCGGCGACCGCCCGCGGCGAGCCAGCGGUGGGGCGCCCGGCGACCUCUGACCUCUGGCGACCGAUGCGGGCGGUGUCGCGGACCAGGCAGGCGCCUGACCUCGGGUCAGUGAGGGUCCUGUGAUUCCGGGCAUAGCUGUCCGCAAAGACGCGUAUCGUGCGAACAAGGAUUGUGGUGCUAGCGAUGUUUUCCGCGGUAAGUGAAGCAGUGCCGACUGAGAUUUUCGUGAUACGCGACGGCCGAUUUUAACCACCCGACUGUGGACCACCCGAUCUGUGGAGUGUGGUGACACCAUUUGUGACGCCGGGUUUGACCCCGCGUGUGACCCCGCGUGAGCCGCGAAUGAACGUCUCGAUGGUAGGCGACUCGCGCGCCGCGCUGGUCUCCUCCAUGGCCAUCUUCGCCACGCCAUCGAGCACGGUGGCUGUGCCGACACCUCCGCCGCCCCCGGUGCCGUCCUCCGGGUACGACCUGCCCGUACAGGGCCUGCAGACGGGGCACUUCGACAUGAUCCACGUGACUGCCAUCAUCUGCCUGGUGGGAAGCUUGCUGUGCGCCAUCGCCACCAUCGUGCUCACGCUGGCCGCAAACCAGUGGCGGAUGUCGGCGUUCUACGCCUGGACCACCGGAGAUCGAGUGCUGAUCUACAUGGCUGUCUUUGACGGCCUGUUCAACCUCACGCACAUGAUGGACCACGGUUUGUAUUUGGCGCAGCGCGACCACGUGCGGCCGCGCCAGCUGUGCGCCUUCUUCGGGUUCGCGCUGUCGGUGCUGGUGAUCGCGCAGAACGUGCUCGUCUGUUUCCUCGCGCUGGAGGCGUGUCUGAUGGUGUUUCGACUGCGGCCACCCAACUUUGGUCGCCACGACUGGCGCCCGCUGGCAGCCAGUCUCGGUCCCGGGGUGCUCUUCAGCGCGGUGGCGUGGGCACUGGACAAGCUGGGUCCGAGCGGCGCGUUCUGCUACCUGGACCCGAUCAAGGGCAGCCUGUUCCUCAUGGCGUUCACCACCAUCUUCCUCAUCGGCGUGGGUCUGUUCAACCUGGUGUUUUACGCGGUGACCGUGAUCCGCCUGCGGGUGGCCGACCAGCACAACCGCAAGCAGCUCGGCAGCCGCACCCAGCUCGGCCGCUCGGUCAACAAGACCGCCUGGACGUGCACCUACUUCAUCGUCUCCUUCUUCGCCCAGUGGCUGCCCAUGAUCCUGUACGGCGCGUGGGCGAUGCGCGGCCACCCGCCCUUCGAGCUCUUCAUGGCCGUCACCACGUUCACCAAUCUGGGCGGAUUCUUCAACCUGCUGCUGUUCAGCUACAUCCGACUGAAGAAGCGGCGCGCCAGCCACCUCAGCCGACAGAACGCGGUACGGAAGCGGGCCGGUCAGCGGUCGGUGCGUGCUGCACGAGCUCAGGUGCCCAUCCGACGACCGGCUCCGGCGCAUGGUGCAGACCAGCUGCGGAGACUGAACGGAGACAGCGACACCAUGGAGUCACUGGCCUACUCCAAGGUCAAUGCCUGCGUCUGAGGUCACCUGAAAGGUCAACUUGUGCGCCUGAGGUCACCUUCAAGGUCAACGCGUGCCUCUGAGGUCACCUGAAAGGUCAACGUGUGCACCUGAGGUCACUCCAAAGUCAACGCGUGCACCCGAGGUCACCUUCAACUUUCAAGGUCAACGCGUGCACCUGAGGACUAAGGCCACUCACUCCAAGGUCAACGUGUGCACCUAAUAUCGCGCUCAGGGACCAGACUUUGAUCAUGCCGGCGAGGGUGCCGGAAGAAACGACUGGGACACAGGCCGGGACACUGCUCUAGUUUGUUACCUAUAUGUUAGACGUGAGGACUGAUAGGCUCUCACGCCUAAGUUGGAGCGAAAUUGAGAUCUGAUCCGAUCUAGAUAAGAUCAGAAUGAUCAGAUCAGAUACGGCAAUGGCACUCAGGCUCAGCGCAUGGCCGAUUGGACGGCCCGUUCAUGUCUGACUCAUAUCGCCUGUCCUUAUGUUGUCUGAUUGACAGCAUGCGGGCGAAUGACCACACAUUGACGCUCAUAUUUUGUGUGUACCCCACCGACUGUGUGUAUGUAAGUACCGUAAUGUGUGUAAGUCAAGAUAUUUCUCUGACGUUGACCAUCUUGUAUAUGUAUGUGUGUAGAGAUGUUUCUUUGCGUUCCAUGUUGCAAUCAGGAGGUUGCAGACUCAAUGUAUCAAUGUACAAAUACCUACAGCUUUUCGUGAUAGAGAAAAGAGAGAAGCAAAAAAAAAAAACACUUGGAGAUGGUGAAGGGAGGGAUAAAGCGAGAAACGAACGGAAAG